ACCGCCCCGUCCGGAUGCGCCUCUGGCUGGUGCUGGGCAGCCCCCGGGGUCGGCUCCGCGCCGCCCUGAAGCGGGCUGCGGAGGCGGAGGCGCGGCUGCGUGUGCUGUCGCUGGACUGCUACCUGCGCCCGGCCGCUGAAGUACCGCAGGCGAAUGGCGGCGCCAACUGGACGCAUUCCGAUGCCAUCGACUUUGAGAGACUUCGGGUUGACUUGCGGGUCUGGAACGACCCCGGAUGCGAGAUCUUGGUCCUCGCAGACGACCGCGUUUGCGGGUGCCGAGAGCUCCUCCACGACGCGGAGGAGAUCGUGCUGUGCUCCUCCAGCGAGCCCGGCUGCUUCCAGGAUUGCGUCCUGAGCCGGGUGACGCUGCAGGACUACAGCGCCCGGAUUUGGCCCACCUACCGCGACCGCGCCAAGGAGUUUCUGCGGAUGUCUGCAGAGCUAAGCCUCACCAAGAAGCUCCGCAUCCUCGACGAGGACGCCUUCCGCCAGGAGGUUCUUGCCUCUGACUUCGCAGACACCUUCUUCGGACAGCUGCUGGAUGCCAAAAACGUACCGAAGGCGACUCAGGCAGAUCUGAAGCGCUGGGGCGCGCGCGUGGACGUGUGCCCGCCGGAGCGGAACCAGCGCACCUUUCAGCAGCUACGGAAGGAAGUCCUCUACCCCAUCGAGGCAGAGGCCAAGCGCUUCGCCGUGAAGGUGCUGCGACUGCUAAAGCCAGAGCCCAGCAAGGCGCUGCAGGAGAUCCUGAACUAUCGCCUGUCCAUCAGGGCCAUGUCCAAGGAGGAGCGUGCCAAGUGGAGCUCGGUGCUGUGCACUCGCGAGCUGGGGCCCUCGGGGGAGAUUCUGAGCGUGGAGAUGCUGCGCUGGGCCUGGCGCAGCCUCAAGGACCUGCCACCGAUGGACGCCGAUGACUUGCCGCGGGCGGAUCUGGUGCUGGCGCUUUCGCCUCCUUGCGGGGAGGAGCUGAUCCCCUUCGCGAGUCUGCUGGAGAGCUCUGCCAAGGGCCUGGAGCCUAUUUGCUUGGCGGUGGACACGGUCAUCGACUUCGGGCGGCUGCACUUUUUGCGGCAACGCAUGUGGGACGCCUCACCGGAGGUCACCCUGGACUUGGCGCGACGCCUGCUGGAGCACAAGCACUGGCUGCUGAAAGCCUUGGGCACUCGCUUCGCCGGCCAGCUCUUGGACGCGGAUGCUCCGCGUUACCAGGUCUGCUUCCGUGACCUCACGCAGCACGGAGGCGUUCCCUUCGCGCAGACCUUGGCGCAGGCUUUGCUGUGCCUCUCAGCGCCUCUAACGGAGGAAAGCCACGUGGAGGACACAGAGUCGUCUUCGGCGGUCGCCUUCAGCUCGGGCGCCUGGCGCUCCGUGCAGAUCCGCUGCCGUCGCGGAGGAGAAGGCGGCGGAGAGGUGCUGGUGGCAGUGGACGGGAAGGAACAGUGGCUGCCCAGCUAUUGGGUGCGCGCCUCGACGCCCGGCCACGACUACUGGCAGCGGCUGCGCGAGUGGUGGCUGGUGGACCCCUUUGCCCUGCGGAAGUUGUUGGACCGGGCGCCGGACCACUGCUCCAAGUGUCUGGAGGCCUCCCUGGCGCAGCCCUUGGCGGAGCGCUUGAGCGCGGCCUUGCGCUCGGGGGCUUUGGGCCUGGCAGCGGAGCUCGCAGCCAGCCUCCUGCGCCUGGCGCGCUACGGGGCAUCGAGCGCGAAUUCGGAUGCCACGUCCAGUUCCGCGAGCGCCGCGCGGGCUGGGACACUGAUGAAGGACCUGCAACUAUUGGUGGCGUCCUUGUCGGAUCUGGGCAUUGAGCAGGGCUUGGCCGAAGCGAUGGCGCUGCUCGCGCUGAUGGCACGGUCCAAGAACGUCGCAGCGACUUUGGAGAGAGCCGUGGAGGACAGCGGAGAGUCGAACGCGCCGGCGUUCGCGGCGCCGCCGGCCUUCGCACCGGCUUCGGCGUCCGCGUCCGAGUUCCGGCUGCGCGAGGCGACGGAGGACCCGGGUCGGCGGGUGCUCGAGCUGAUGCAGCUCAAAGAGCAGCUGAAGCUUUCGGACCAGCGGCAGGCCCAGCUGCAGGAGGACAGUCGCCGCAAGGAGGCGGAGGUGCAGCGGUGCAGGGAUGCGAUGGCCUUGCUGCUUGAAGAGAAGAAGACUCUUGCGCAGCGCGUCGCCGACCUCGAGCUCACCCGCGCGGCUGCGGUUUCCGCGGCCUCGGCACCGCCCGCGCUUCCGAUGGGAGCGGAGGCGGACGUCGAGGCCGAGGAGGACGAUUGGGUGCUGAAGGCGGAUGUCGAGUCCUUGAGCGAGGCGGACGCCCAAAGCUUCGUGGCGCGGCUGGCCAAGCGCCGGGACUCCGUGACCGCGUUGCGGAGCUCCUUGUGCGGGGCGCUGCGCCAGCUGGGGGAGAACCUCUACACGUCCUCCGUGCACUUUGUGGACGAACUGCUGCAGAACGCGGACGACUGCAGCUACCUACAGGAGCCCAGCUUCCGACUCACCGUGACGGCCGACCAGGCGCACUUCUUCUACAACGAGCGGGGCUUCCGACCCAAGGACGUGCUGUCUUUGUGCAGCCUUGCGGUGUCCACGAAGUCUGGGGACGAGUUCUUGGGCCAUAAGGGUGUUGGCUUCAAGUCGGUCUUCGCUUGCUCCAACACCCCGUCGAUCUGCUCCGGAAAGUUCCGCUUCAAGUUCGAGGUGCCCGGCCCUGACGAGCUCGCCUACAUCACGCCCCGCUGGCUGGAGCCCUGCGCGUUCGCCACGCACGAGGGAGAUGGCACUCACAUCCUGCUGCCCUUCCGCCCGGAGCUCGUGGGGGAUGCGGAAUUCCUGCAGAAGUUGGAGGCCGCCUUUGACCCCUUGGUGCUGCUCGGCCUCUCGCGGCUGCGGCACUUGGCCUUCGAAGGCGACGCCCUGAAGCUCUCCGCGCACCUCACCAAGGGCCCGGAGGAGUCCUUUUUGGAGGUUGCCACCUUCAGCUGCUGCCUCCGCACCGCCAAUUCCAAACGCCUCUUCCGUGUCUUCGCGUCGGCGGAUGGGCGGCUGCGCCUGGCGUUCCCCGAGCUCCCGGGCCCCGAGCUCCCGGUCUGCGCGGGCCUGCCCUGCGCGCACGUGGGGCACAAGUUCCUGCUGCAAGGCAAGUGGCAGCUCACCACCAGCCGCGAGGCGGUCCGAGAGAACGCCUUCAACGCGCAGCUGCGCGCGGAGGCUGCGAAGCUCUUCACAGUGGCGGCGCGCCACCAUGAGGUGAAGCCGCACUUGGCGGCCUUUCUGCCCAGCACAGGACCCGGGACACCUCCGUUCUGGCAAGCCUUCGCAGAGGAGGUGAUCUGCGAGCUCCGCGCGGUGCUCCCGGACCUCGGCCUGACGGCCUCCUCGGCAGCGCUGCGGCUGCCUGACGCACGGGUGCUGGCGCUGGUGACGGCGGAGACCUUCCAAGCGGCGGGGCUGCAGGUGGUGCAGGACGAGACUUUGCAGGUGGUCCUGGAGAAGUGCGGCGUGCGCGCCUUGGCGGUCGAGGACAUCUUCCUUGCGGAGCGCAUGGAGGAGAAGUCGGCAGCAUGGUGGGCCGAGCUUUUUCAGCUUCUUCUGGACAAUAGCGGGAAGCCAGGCAUCGAUGACAUCGCCAAGACCCAGCGCCUUUGGUCGCUUCGUGGCCACGCCGGUCGACGCGCCAUCGUGGGCGACCCCGUGGUGUUCUGCUCCGUGCCAAGCUCUCUGCAGCCCUGGCGUCCGGAGGUGGCCAUCUUGGACACCGCCAGCGCCGCGGAGCUGCGCUUCGCGCUGACGCACGUGGCGCACGCCUGGGACGGCGGUUUCGGCUUCGCCAGGAAGGUGCUGAGGCUCCACUUGGACUUCCGGAAGGGCAACCAGGAGAUGGCUUCAGAGCACCUUUGGGCGGACCUGCGCUUCUUGCGACGAAGCUUUCGGUCCGACGAGCUGCAGCUGCUGUGCGGCGAUGCCUUCGACGCCUCCCUGGGCGAGGUCGCCCUGGUGCCCGUCCACGGGCCGGAGGCGAAGGCGGCGGCGCAGCUGGCGACGGUGCCCACGGUGGCCGGCUGCCGAGUGCCUCUGGAGCCCGGGGUCCUUGCAGUGGCUCUGCCCUAUGACUCGGAAGCUCAGGCCGAGGAUCCCAUCGAGUGGGAGGAGUUUCUGCUGCGACUGGGGUGCCAGCCUCCCAAGGCGGACUUGCGGACAGCGGUCGAGAGCCCGGUGCUUCCGGCGCUGGAGCAGCUGCCAAUAGCGAAGCUUCACGCCGUGCUGUCAGCGCUGCCUCCCCGAACUCUGCAGUGGCUACAGGAGAAGGUGGUCAUGAUGGCUCGCAGCGGCCGGGCGGUGGCGCUGAACAACUUGGUGGCGGAGCAGCUUCUGAGGAGCCUCCCCUUGCCCUUGGAACAGCUGGAGCUUGUGCCGGUGCCUCCGGAGACGCAAGAGGUGGCCCAACUGCUCGGCAUUUGCGUGCGCCAAAACGCGGAGAUGUGCUGGUUCAUCCUGGCCGCGCUCUGCGCGCAGCAAGUUCGCUCGCUUGGUCCUUACAUUGAGAACCUCGCGAUGCUCCAAUCCCUCGGCGCGGAAGGCCCGACUGCUUCGAGCCCUGUGCUCUUCCUUCCCGACGCGGCCGAGUCUGAGUCUGGGGCGUUUUGUGGGCUCGGAGAGGUCUACGUGUGCUCGGACCUGGACGAGGGGGACCUCUCCUUUGGGUUCCAAGAGCUCCGGCGCUGCCUGGCGCGUGGUGUCAUCAGCUGCCGUCAGAACGUGGCUUAUUGGUCCUUCGCCCAGGACCUGCGGCGCUUCGGGUGCUCUGCGCGCCCCAGCUGCGCGGACGCCGCUCUGGCGCUGCGGACCGCCGCGGCGGAGCGGCGGAAUCGGCGCGCCUUGGGGCAGAGGGACCUGCUGAGCGAUCGCGGCCUUGAGGUGAUGCUGAGCCUCUACCAACUCCUGGACCAUGUGCUGGCGACAGACAGCAACCGCUCCAUUCGCAGCUGGACGGAGCGCCUGGCGGAGGCUCCGCGCGGUGACCUGGAGCUUCCGCUGGUCACCUGGGAGGGCGCCGUGGCUCGAGGCGAGGGUGCAGAGGUCCGGGCGUGCCGCAGCACCUGGCUCAUCGACUCCAUGCUGGCGCAAAACGCGGAAGUACUCUUCGUGCACGUGGACAUUGCGGAGCGGUGCCCCCACGUGGUGUCCGCCAUGGGUUGGCCUUACUUGGAGGCGGACGCUCAGAUCCUGUGGCACCAGUCCAACAACAACCCGGAGUACGAGCUCGCCGAAGUCUCCGCAGCCUUCAGCGAAGUGCUACAGCGAUCCAUCCAGGUUGUCUCCUGCAACUGGAUCGCGCUGGAGGUCAUCUUCACGCCUGGCAGGGAGCCGAUCCGCGGCCGUUUGCGGGCUCAGCCCUCCUUCGCCUUGCUGGGAGGCGUGCUGGCGCUGGCCACGCACUUUGUCCGUGAGGCGGGCGCCAAGGCGGCGCUGGCGGCGGGCGCCUUGGCGCAGCUUUUGGCACUGGAGAACUUCUCCAAGGAGGAGGCGGAGGUCACGGCCCGCCGCACCUGCGAAGGCAUCCGGUCCUUUUCCUCAGAGCGGUACUGGGAGGGCGAUGGAUUCAGUGGGCCGAACGGGGUGCGGCAGACGCCGGCGGUGGAGGUGAUUUUGCCCAGCGGGAUUGAGGAAGCGACGCUGCCCGGGCUCAUGGGCAGCUUCGGGGGCGUGGAGCAAUACGAGGACCAGGAUCGCUUCUUUAUGCCGGCGCUGGACCGGCGCCGAGAUCAGGAGCUCUUCGGCGACGUCAUCUCCCGCAUCCUCUCCCAGCCCCCCGGCGCCGCCUCACGCUCCGGCGGCUUUGGCGGCGGAAGUGGCGCGGUGAACGUGGCGGAGCUGAAGGAGCAACAGCGCCUGGUGGGGCAGAGGGCGGAGCAUUUCUACAGUUGCUUCUUGGCGCAAGUCUUCGGGGAUGCCUACAAGCCAUCGCGGGAUUGGGUCUCCUCGGCCAGGCUGAGUGUGUUCCCGGGAACACGGGGCACGGAUGACGCGGCCGGCUUCGACUUUAUGAUCGUGGACACGGCCCAGCACAUCGCCCCCAGCCAGGGGAAGAAGUCCACAAGGUGCUUCAUCGAGGUGAAGGGCUGCAGCGGUGCCUUUGACGGGACCUUCUGCCUUAGCGCCAACGAGCAACGGAAGCGCGACCAGGUGGCUGCCAUCAAGUCAGAGGCCAAUGCCUACGUCAUCGCCGUUGUGGACAACAUGGACACCUUGGAGAUGGCCUCCAUUCGCCACUUCCUCUGGAGCGAACUUCCGCAGCUGCUGCGCCUGGAACCAGACUCCUUCCUGGCCACUGUGGAUGUGGCCAGCGGCCAAGUGGUGUCCCGAAGCUCGUCCCAAGCGCUUCGCCGCGAGGAGCCGGCUCACCCGCAGCCGCGUGAGCCCGCUCGCCCAGAGCCGCGGCUCGAGCCGCGGCGACCGCAGCGGUGGGAGCGGGAGGAAGGGAAAGGCCAGGGCAAGAAGGCCAAUGUGAACAUCCCCGCCUCAAAGGCGGGCCUCAUCAUCGGC